CUAAGUUGCCGUUAGCUAGUCAUCCUGCUAACGCUGGACAGCUCCUGUUUAAGGCUGGGCUAGCUUUGGACAAAGGACCAACGCAAGGAAAAACAUAAACACAGGGCACUCAGUUGUUCGCGUUUGGGAAGGACAGCAACAAACAAGGAAUUGACAUGAUGUUUCCACAAUCAAGACACUCAGCUUCAUCGCAGCAGCUGAAAUUCACUACUUCUGACUCCUGUGACAGGAUCAAGGAUGAGUUCCAGUUCCUCCAAGCACAAUAUCACAGUUUGAAGCUUGAGUGUGACAAGUUGGCCAGUGAGAAGUCAGAGAUGCAGCGCCAUUAUAUCAUGUACUAUGAGAUGUCCUAUGGGCUCAAUAUUGAGAUGCACAAACAGGCUGAGAUAGUGAAGAGAUUGAACGGGAUCUGCGCACAAGUCCUCCCGUACCUGUCUCAGGAGCACCAGCAGCAGGUCCUGGCAGCCAUAGAGAGGGCCAAGCAGGUCACCCCCCCAGAGAUGAACUCCAUCAUAAGGCAGCAGCUCCAGGCUCACCAGCUGUCUCAGCUCCAGGGCCUGGCCCUGCCCAUGACCCCUCUGCCGCUGGGCCUGAGCCAGCCAACCCUCCCUGCCGUUACCACCUCCUCCGGGCUCUUCUCCCUCUCCUCCCUGCUGGCCUCCCAAGCCCAGCUGGCCAAGGAGGAGAAAGCAUCACGUGACGGAGUUGACAGCCACCGCGAGGAGGACGGAGACAAGUCUGAUUAGAUGGUGUCCCCAUUCAGCUCUGUUUUUAUCCAGAGACCUGAAUCCCCAGAUCUGAGCCCCCAUUUGGCCUACAGCAUCUCCCCUGGUUUCCCUAUCUCUGACCUUAGCUAACAUGGGCUUUGAUCCCAUCACCACAGCUCCAGCUAGAGACCCCUAAACAACUCCCAUUACUGGAAGAGCUUUGGCACCUGCCCCUCAUCUCAGACUAGUCCCAAUCUCUUCAUAUUUACCGUACUCGGAUUGUUUCUUUAUCUUCCCUUUCUGUAUCUUUUCUUCAGGCACUGUCUCUUUCUUGUAUGUGAUUAGGCUUCAGGUUUUUUUCUGUGUUUAUUUUUUAUCAGGACUACUUUCUAUUUCUGUUCCUUCCUCUCUGUUGCUCUGCCUCUCAGUUCUGACUCCUGUUUAGUUUCUGUUUUUUUUGUCCUCCAUGCCUCUCUUCCUCCCACUCGCCCCCAUCUCUUGCCUCUGUUCUAAGCGGGUCCUUGUUAUGCAGGACUGAUCUGUGAGACUGAACACACCGUACUGUAGGUGUUAAAACAGGUUAAAUGUUAAACACAGGGAUUCUUUGGCAAGCUGUAAAACUUGUCAGACACAACGCAGGAUUCCUACAAACUUCAUUUUCCUAAGAACGCUCUUACAGAGAGCAGCAGUGUUGAUAUUUUUUGGCAGUUCAGAUUGCAUGCAUUCAUUCCAAGCUAAAAGUUGGCUUUGAGUUUGAACGGUGGAUUUUCAUGGAUCAGAUCAAGUGUUUAAAUAGAGCCGUCAUUCCUCGGGAAAAGAGAGAAACAUCCCUGAAGCUACACACACACCCCAACCAAAAACUGCUGCCUUUAGAGCAAAAUCGUUGUAAUGAGAAGCCGUCUCCAGUUGACAAACUAGAGGUGUUGUGUAUAAUCCUAAAUUUAUAUAGAGAAAGGAAAAGCACCUUCCUAGAACCAACUUCAUGCUGAGAGAUUUCAGACUAGAUAAUAAACCCACCUUAGUCUGUAAUCCCCCCCUACUUACGAUCCUUGCCUGACCCUGUGAGGUACUCAUCAGAUAAAUCCACCCAGCACCUUAACUGAAAGGCAACAUUUUCAUCAGUGGUUCAGUGAACAGAGAUGCCACUUGACUCGUGCACCCUCCCACCACCUUUUUCAUCUUUAAUGUGCGCUAAUAUGAGAGCAGGCACAGGGGUGAGAGAGUGUGCAUGUUGUGUGUUUGACAGCAGAGGGCAGUGUGUGUCUUUGAGGAAUCCUCCUCACUGGGUUCAGGCCCGAGCAGAACAAGGACAGGACAAUGACAGAGUACAGGCUGUGUCACAAAGGGGAACGGCUUAUUUAUCCUCUCUGUGUGUACAAAUUUAAUAUACAGAGACUCGACUGGUGACAUUAAUCUCUGCAUGCGGUCAGUCCCGGUCCCUGUCAUGAUCUAGUUCUUGAGAAGUAGACUCAAGUAGUCUAUUUUGAGGAACCUCUCAGCAUGAACCAGAAACCUGGACCUGUGCUGUAAAUUCAGACUGAAAUACUGUACAUUCACUGUACAUAUACAGGUCUGUCCUAUAUCAAACUAACACUACAUUAUACAGAUGAUUGAACACCUCCAUACAACACUGAGUGGGAAAUCAGUGCAGAUCACACAGAUGAAGCACAAUCGUCCUCCACAGCUGCUCUGAUGAGUGAAAAACCCAAACUCCCCCUCAACCUCACAGGCCCUGCACUCAGCUGUUUUCAAUUACCGUGUCCAAUUAGGCCUCUAGCCAGGUGGAAGUUGGGUGAAACAGCACCGGGAAUAAUGCUAUGUCACCAAACUCUGGCUGUGUUCAAAAUCUCGCCCCAAAUUCCCACAUUCUUGAUGGCCCAGUGGCUAAAAUGGCUCCCAAAUAAUGGCAUCGUCCCCAGUUUGAUUCCAGCAGGAGACCUUUGUUACAGACUAAUGCCCCAUUAAAUUACUUGGGUUUAAUUACUUAACAAUGAAUUUUUGGCUGACGUGAGGCAUCCGUGUUCAUUUGGCUUUCAGGCACUUCUGUAUAAUUAAGGGCCAAGUCAGAUAUAUCAGAGGUUUCAUAAAUAUCAGAGUUUCCCGUUCCUAAUUACCGCUGGAAGUGUGAGGGAGAUGUCAGUCAAGCACCCACACAGUCCCAAGAAGAGGUCUAAUCAGGCAACAUCAGUGAAAACACCGGUGUGGGUGGACUACGGAUGUGUGGGGGCUCUAACGGGGCUAUCAGCCUAAACGGCCCCAUUAAAUGUCUUCUUUCUACAAGCUCAGAUGAACUUUCAACGUUUUACGUACAAACACACAUAUUUUCCUGCAGAGGUAGCCUCAGACAACCCCUGACCUUGGCACAAAGAUUGUUUGACCGAUAAUGAGUCGACGGUGGCGGCCGUGUGUUUCUGAGUGUUGAUUUAAAGACAGUAUGUGUAUGAGGUAGUUUUAUAAAAAAAAAAAACCCAUGCACAUAGACAGACACA